GAGGCCCUCAACAAGAACCUGCCGGAGAUUAACAUCGACCUCAUCUUCAAGGCCGGCUGCAGUUCCGUCCUGCAUUCGAAGAGGUCAGGGCAAAAUAUUACCGCGAGAUGAAGCGGUUCAUCUGCAUCCCCAACCAGUUUAGGGGCGUGAGCGAGACGGGAGAGGAGCCCAUAUUCACCUGCAUGAUCGAACGCAACGCCAGCGGCUUCCUGACCAUCUUCAGCAAAGCUGAACUCCUCUUCAGUCGACUCACACAACUGCUGGACAAGUUUAAGGACUGGGUGGUUCUGGGACAGGUGGAUGUAGAUGUUCUGGUGGAGAAACACCUUCACAGUGUCCAGGACUGGGAGAGAAACUUCAAAGCUCUUAAAGCCAAAGGAAAAGAAGCCGAGCGGCUGCCCAGCACAGAGAAGGUUGACUGCAUCACGGUGAACUGUGAACCUGUCAGAGUAGCUGUGGACGAUCUCAUCCAGAAGUUGUUUGACGCUCUCCUGACGUCCCUGAGGAGAUCCAUCCAGGGUCACAUUCAGGUUAUUGAUUCAUUCGUGAGCGGUGCAAUGGAGACGUUGUCCUCGCGUCCUGAGAGCAUCGAUGAGAUUGGAGAGGCUGAUGCCAAACACAGCCAAUUACAGUCCCAGAAACCUGAGAUACUGCCUCAGUUCCAGCAGGCGGAGGAGAAGAACAGGCUUUUGCGCUCCGUGGCGGGUGGAGGUCUGGACACCAUCAGCUCCCUGAGAGCCAAAUGGGACAAAUUUGAGCUCAUGAUGGAGAGUCAUCAGCUCAUGAUUAAAGAACAAGUGGAGGUGAUGAAAGGGAACGUGGAGUCGCGGGUUCAGGUUUACCUGCAGGACCUGCAGAAGUUCAGAGCUCGCUGGGACCAGCUCAAACCCGGGCAUGACAUCAUCGAGUCAGGUGACCACGAGGCUCUGCAGCGCUGCGUCCAGAACAUCCGGGACCGACGAGCCGAGUUCGACGAGCUGGAGAACACGCGCACAAAACUCACGUGUGUGACUUUACUUCUGCUCUCGCACGCACUUCAAUUCAAUUCAAAAAACACUUUAUUUGUCCCCAUGGGCGAUUAACAAGGCCAUGUAUAACACAAUGUGCACGGAAUACACAUUAAUUAGAAUCUGCUACAAGCGAUACCUAAAAAAACAAAUCCAAACCAUGUGUAAAAAUGAAUAAAUAUAAAAAUAUA